UGCAGUUAAUUAUGGGAGAUUCGAUGAAGAUAAACAGUGAAAAUGAUUUUAAUUACGCAGUGCAAGUAACUCGCAUUAUCAUGCGAAUGAUCGGCGCGUGGCCAAUUUCCCGUUACGCUUCCAGUGUGGAAAGAAUCGCGACUCGCUUACACAAAGUCUUUUGCUACUUUUUAUUCGCGUUCAUCAUCGUGCCGGGUCUCCUGCUGAUGUUCUUGAAGGAGCGCGACGUCAAACGUAGAGUGAGAUUACUCGGGCCGCUUCUGAAUUGUUGGAUGGGUUUCAUGAAGUACAGCCUGCUCGUGUACCACGCGAGAGAGAUUCAAUAUUGUCUGAAGCAGGCGCGGCAGGAUUGGGGGGAUACGGUUGAUUUGAGGCAUCGGCAAGCGAUGUUAUCCAAGGCGAGGAUAGGGCGAAAAUUUGCGAUUGUCUCUGCCGUCUUCAUGUACGUCGGCGGAUUGUCUUACCGUACUGUCGUGCCGCUCUCGAAAGGACGAAUGCUCACGCCGAUGAACACCACGGUGAGAGCGCUGGCAUGCCCGAGCUACUUCGUCAAGUUCGACGAACAGGCCUCGCCGGCAUACGAGAUCGUCUUCACUCUGCAAUUCUUCGCAGGAUUGCUCACCUACUCGGUAACGGUCGGCGCGGCCGGAUUGGCCGCGUUUUUCGUCAUGCACGUUUGCGGACAACUAAGUGUCUUGAUAGGCAAGUUCCAGCAUCUCAACGACAUGCCGGAACCGAACGAUAGGGAUGUCGCGAUAUUGCUGGCUGAUAUCGUAGAGCAUCAAAUAAAAGUGAGACGGUGAGUCGACAAAGAUGAACGUGAU